AUGCCGGAAAAGAUCUUGAAACAUUCACUACCAGAAUUAAAGCAGUUUCCGACGUUGCAAAAGAAUUCAUUUUUGUCCCAACUCCACGACCAAGUUCAUGUAGAGACUGAAAUACGGAGCCAGCGCCAGAGAGAAAUAGAUGAAAUUUGCAACAUAUUGCAAAGACCUCCCGACGUUCGUGAUGCCCUGGAAAUCGACACUUUAUACGACUGGGUGCUCAAAAACGGCAGCACCAACAAAAUUUUUCACGGCGCUCAAGAAAUUAUCUGCAAGACUAUUUGUCGAGAGAUGACUUUGCUAACACUACCGGCUCAAGGUGUUGUUUGCUAUCAAGGUGACUACGGUGACACUUUCUAUGUUAUUAUCACUGGCUCAGUGUCGCUGUUUAUUGAAUCGAAACCAAAGCUUAAAAGCUCAUUUGAUGAAGUUAUGAAGCACAGAUCAACAUUGGAAGAUGAAGACGAUGGGACGCCAAAACCAGACCAGCAUGGCACGUUUAUAAAGCAUAUCACUGAAGGGGGUACUUUUGGUGAACUGGCAGUGAUGGACCCUACGGCACGGCGAUCCUGCACAGUCACAUGUGACGUGACAACAUCUUUUAUAUGUCUCAAGAGAGGGGCAUAUCAACGAUUGAUUCGCAUGACAAAUUCCUCGCAUCUCGAUUUUACGCAGAUCGAGUACUUAAAAUCAAUGUUUUUCUUCGAAGGAUGGCCUCAUGGUGAGCUUAUUCGAUUAUCCCACCGCUUAAGACAAGUCCACUUUCCAGCAAAUAGUUACCUCACCCGAUUUGGUGCCGAAACUCAUGGGGUCUUUUUCAUUUACGCGGGGUUAGUACAAGAAACAGUGCCGAUGAUCCAAUUUUUGAAUGAGAAUGGAAACAUUCAUCGCUGUGGAGAACUUGAAAGCAAUCUGGCGAAGCAAAGAAUACAGGACCUUGAAGGAAAAGGAGAUUUCUUACAGCUACAACGUCGAUCAGAGCUCGAGCUCAGUCUGUACCAAGACCACGACAUUUGUGCCGAAUACCCAAUUAUUUUUGACAAACCGACGUGCACUAUAAACUUGCUCGCCGGUAAGGUGGCGUUGUCCUGA